UGUCCCAGAAGAGGACGGAAAUCCAUAAAGGAAGGAAGAUAGAAAGCGUGUAAUGAUUCAAUCAGCUUGAAUCAGCAAUGACAGAGUACAAAAAAGCAUAAAUUGUCAAAAUGACGCAUCGUGAUUCUAAAAAGUUCGCUCAAAUAUUAAAUACAUAGUUUUAAAAUACUCUCCUUUAAUAAAAGCUAUCUCAAUUAUAUUUCUCUAUUAUAUCUCAUUCGUGAAAAUUUAUGCUUUUUUUUACAAACUUCCAUUUUCCGAAAAAGUUGUAGUCUAUGCAAAUGUGGUGUGACUAAGAUCAUAAUUGCAAUCGGUGAAAAAAAACGAAGCCUUAUGGAUAGUUAGCAUUUAUGAGCAAGCUCUCUAUUAUUGUUGUGCGCGUAUAUUAAAUAUAAGUUCGAUGAGAAAAUUAAUGCGAACAAACGUUUUAUCGUGUUCAAAAUCAAGAUCUGUUCCCGGGAUCUUUGUAAUCAGCUAGUGCUCACCUAGUUUUGAAAUCCACAAUUUGUGUGCCAAUAAUUGGCACAUGCAAUGGGACAAAUAGAAUUUUCUAUCUAAAGCUAAUUCAAAAUAGAAGCAAAAACAAUGUCUCAAACGACUACUAUUGAAACUCUUACUAUAACCAGACCACUUAAGGUGAUCGCAUUUAUAUGUGGUAUCAUAGUGGUACUGCUGAUGAUAAUGGGCCUAGCAUCGACUGACUGGCUGAUGGCUCUGGGAUGGAGACAGGGCUUAUUCGCCCAUUGUAUCGAAGAUGGUGCCCCAACGCCACUUCCCUUUAACAUGCCUGAUCCUCCAGGAUGUUAUCCUGCAAGAGAUAGUGCUUAUAUAAAAGCAGCUGCAGCGUUAUGUGUAGUUUGCCUUCUAACAGACAUUGCUGCGACAGUUCUCACUGGUUUGGGUUUGCGUACACAGGAUCACAGAGACAAGCACAAAUAUUAUAGAUUUGCAGUGUUUUGUAUGGCUAUUGCAUUGGUGUCUCUCUUGAUAGCACUAAUCAUAUAUCCCAUAUGUUUUGCAGCAGAAUUGAAUCUUGGAAAUCGAACCAAUUGGGAAUUUGGUUGGGCAUAUGGUGUUGGUUGGGGCGCAGUCAUCUUUCUGGUUGGUGGAGCAGUUCUGCUGUUAUGCGAGAAGGAAAGUGAAGAAAUUUAUUACAAGGAAAAGAAGACUGUUCGUGAUGAUAUAGGAAGUGGUGGUUCCAUGAUUGGCAUGGGACAUCACGCCGGACGAAGUGGAACGCAGCUAGCCUAGUGGCAUUGCUCCCUGCCCGAUGUUGUUCUCUAGGCGAUUUAUCUUUUUCUGCUCUCACAGUUCAACAAAAACGCAUACAAAAAGACAUACAAGCUUAUAAGACAGUUUCUUGAUAGGGUAUUUUUGGCUCUAAUGCAAAGAAAACUAUCUUUACAGAUUCUCUGACGAAACUUUCCUUAUAUAUAUACAUAUAUACAAAUGUUGAAACAUCAAUAGUUUUUUCAUAAUAAUAUACGUGAGAAUAAAAAUAAAAAUAAUCUGCGAAUUAAUGUUUAUAUAACAGAUAGAAAAUUGUCGCGUUUAUUUAAUAUUUUAUUAAAUCCUAAGUUAUAUAUAUAUAUGAGAAGAGAGAGAAGAAAAACUUUCUUAUUGAGAUAUUAAAUAUUGAAAAUUGAUGAGAUGAGAGAAAGAAUGGCAUUAAAUGUUUAUUGAGAAACAGUGGACUUAAAAUUAGUCAAAGAAUCUGUAAGUCAAUUUUCUUUGUAGCUGUUUGGAGAUAUCUGGAAUAGACAAUUUGAGUUUAUUAGACGGAUGUGUAUUCGAGUUAUUAUCAGUUUGACAUAUAGGAUAUAUCAUAACAUCUCGUUAAAAAGAGUAACAAGCAUUUCAAUCUUUUCAUUUUAGACUAUUCUUUAUUUAACAGUCACAACUUUUAUACUGACAAUUUCGGGACCAUUAUUAGCUUGAUUUUGUUAAUAUAUUUCCUACAUUUUGCAUAAUCUUGGACAACUUUAUAUACACUUAUAUGUUUUUUACUGUAAUUUAAAAUUGGAAAGCUUAUCUGCGCGUAUAAUAUAUACGAUGACGCUGCAUUUAUUGUCCAUAAACUGAAUUAAUAAGAAUAUUAUAUUCCGUAUCGAGUCUGAGAUAUAAGAAACAAUUUAAGCAAGAAUUUCAUAUUUCUUUCGCAUAAAUAAUGACAUAUGUACACAUAUAACUGAUAUCAAUUAAUGAGUUUGCUAAUAAACUUUAUAUUUUUUUAUUCGCUUUUAUUUAAUAUUAAAUAUAAUUAGAAACAGCCAAAUAGAGAUCUUCUGUUAAAAAGUUUAUUUUCUAUUAGAUGGAAAAUAAGAUUUCUUAUCUGUAUGCACUAGGUUUUCAAGACGUUAUUUGUUAGAAUAUUUUGACAUGUAUAUUCUUUAUAUCAAAAUUCGUCCAGUCUCUUAAAUAUCUAUUGUUCUCGCAUUCAAACAAAUAGCUUCCCUUUUAACUUUAUCUAAUAUUUGCAGCUGAGAACUCGAAAUUUUAAAGAUGCAAACAGAUAUGAAAAAGCUUUAUUUGUUUUUAAAUUUUGAAUAGGUUUAUUUUCAACAGUAAUUUUGUUGAAGCCUAAUAAUACAUAUGCAGAAAUUGCCAAAUCGGAUAACGUCCGAUAAAAUUCUCGAUCCGUAAAAAAUCGAGAUUUAUUCGAUCCCGACGCAUGGGAUGCUAUUUAGUAACACAAUUAUGUCUAAGUUAUCAUUCUAUGAACAAUGUUCUUUAUCACUCCACCCGCACAAUUCACGUUUUUCUACAAUGAUAAACAUAUCAUAUGUUUUAUGUAUUUUAUAAUUGUAUUUUAUUUAUACAGGUCGUUCCAGGAAAAAUGAGAUGGAAUCUUUAGAGAUGUUAUUCAAUUUUAAGCAAAGAAAAGUGAUAUGGACAUAUAUAAGUCUGAUUCGAAAAAUCGUAAUUUAAUAACAAUAGAAAAGUAGAGAGAAAUUAUUAAUAAUUUAAAAAUAGAGAGCCUACUACAAUAAUGAAAAAGAAAAAUGUGGAGAAAUUUGUUUACUUAUUUAUUAAAGAAAAUAUAAUAUGAAGAUGUAAUAGAUUUAUUCAGGAAGAGAUAAUUGCAAAACUGUUAUACCAAACUAUUGUUUCCUAGCAGUUUAUACUUUCAAUAUGUUGUCUAAAUAAACAUCUUUUUCAACACACUAAAAGUAUAUCUAAUAAACAUAAAUUUUCUUAAAAGCAUUCAAAUAACAGCGUCCAAAUAAUCAGAAUAUUUUUACUGGAACAAUCUGUACAUUUAUAAUCGAAACUUUUAAUAAUCAAAUGAUUAAAAAGAAGAUAUUUACAAAUUAUUAGUUUAUUAAAACAAAAUUUGUAUCUAUUUUCUUAAGUGAAAUCAUAACUGAAGAAGAGAUACAUAAAACUUUAUUAUAAGAGUAUGCCCAACUUUUUGAGAAAAAAAUGCAUUAAAAGUAUUUUUGCUUUAUCUUACAGAGUAUUCGCGCGAAAAUAAUUAUAAUUGGACAGUUGCAAUUGUAAUUGCUUUCAAGAGUAUUCUGUAAGAUAAAUGAAAAUAGAAUUUUUACUUAUGUAUCUUUUUCCAGUUGCUGCCUUAAUUAUAUAUUAUUAUUUUUUAUUUUUACCAGAAAAAAAUUUUUUAAAAGAUAAUAUAUACGUGUUAUGAUAUGUAUAUUAUCUUUUUCAAACUUUCUGUAAAUGUAGUAUAUAUACUACAUAUAUUAGUAACUUAUUAUUAAUUUCUAUGCACAUUAUAUACAUUCUUCUUUUUGCUCUUCUUACUUUCGCUCCCUUUCUUUUUUUUUUCUUUCACUUUAUAUAUAAUCUACGUAUAUUACUAAUAUAUACAUAUAUAAGUAUAUAUAUUUAUAUAUAUUGAAAUCUGCCACUUUUAUUGCAUAUAAAUUUUCGAUACGUAUAGCAUGAGGAUACACAUUCUGAGAGGAGGAAACACAAUUUAAUAUAUACUGUUUGAGACAAACUUAAGCUAAAGAGAGCCCUAUAUAUAAUUUUAGUUUUACAUUUUAUUAUUAUGAUGGCUGUAAAUUUCUUUAAAUUGUAAUACGCAACUUUAUUGCAGACUAAGACAGCUCUUUAAGUAUUUAUUGUUAAACAUUAAAACGAUGGUAUGUAGCUAAGAUGAUUUACAAGUAUUGUUUGAACCAUAUUAAUUAUUUAUAUGAAUAUGCUUUAUUAAUUAAUUAAUUGAAAAAAAUGAAUAUUUCUUAUUAUGAUAGAAAAAUGGCUUGACUGAAGUUUAUUCGUUACUCGAUUAUUGUAUAUGCUGAUCAUCAUCUUCAUCCAUUUUACAUUAUCUACAUUAAUUGUAAACAUUAUGGAAAAAAAGACUGUAGUAACAACAUGUAUGGAAAUGGACUUUGUGCAGCAUGAAAGCGAUCAAUCUCUUUCAAAUGCUUGAAAGCAAACUUCUAAACAUUGUAAAGCGAUGCAUAGCAAUGUCCACCGUUUGUAGCGAAUCAUGAACUUAUUACCUCAUGUAUCUUUUAAGUUAAUUAUAAAGCACAAAACGUUAAGUAUGAGAUGGAACAGAGGCAGCUCGGGCAGAUGUUAUUUAUUGCGUUAUUUGCAUUAGAUACGUGUACGUAUAUGUGUAUAUAUAUAUAUAUAUAUAUAUAUAUAGAUAUAAUAUUUUAUAACUGUAUGUAGUUUUUAGCAUUAUACACACACGCAAAUAUGUAAUAAUCUGAUGCGUGCAGUUUGCAGUAUACAGUGAAUACGGUCUAUGUUAAUGCAUUAAAUUUUUUAUUUGAUAUCGAUUUAUCCGAGCUUCUCAGAAGCUAGAUUAAUCAACUUCUUUUUUUUGUAAAUUUGUUAAUUUUAGUAU